UGCCGAGCGACCCCGCGGCCGGCCCAGGCGCUCAUGAUGGGGCUGAUCUUCGCCAAACUGUGGAGCCUCUUCUGUAACCAAGAACACAAAGUGAUUAUUGUGGGACUGGACAAUGCAGGGAAAACUACCAUUCUUUAUCAAUUCUUAAUGAAUGAAGUGGUUCAUACAUCUCCAACCAUAGGAAGCAAUGUUGAAGAAAUAGUUGUGAAGAACACUCAUUUCCUUAUGUGGGAUAUUGGUGGUCAAGAGUCACUGCGGUCAUCCUGGAACACGUAUUACUCAAACACAGAGUUCAUCAUUCUUGUUGUUGAUAGCAUUGACAGGGAACGACUAGCUAUUACGAAGGAAGAAUUAUACAGAAUGCUGGCUCAUGAGGAUUUACGGAAGGCUGCAGUCCUUAUCUUUGCAAAUAAACAGGAUAUGAAAGGGUGUAUGACAGCAGCUGAAAUCUCCAAAUACCUCACCCUCAGUUCAAUUAAGGAUCACCCUUGGCACAUUCAAUCCUGCUGUGCUUUAACAGGAGAAGGGUUAUGCCAAGGUCUAGAGUGGAUGACCUCCAGAAUUGGUGUGAGAUAACUUUUUUGCUCGAAAGAGACUGCUCUAUUUAUUCUGUGACGUGAACAUUUUCCCCUAGUACUUUAGCUGCUAAGGCAGCAGCAUGUUUAAUUUAUAACAACACAAACCUCUAUGAGCAACACUUGAAUCAAGUGCAGCUGAACUGGAACGUGGAAGAUUUUUUCUUAACUUUUUUUAAUGCACUAAUCUUCAGUUGGAUGAACACUAAUGUAUAACUGUGUUUUCAGCAACAGAAUUUUUCCGACUGCUUAUUCUAAUUAUUCAAUGACUGCCUUGUAAGAAAUGUUUGUCAUAUGUUUAAUGUUUUCUGAAGUAUUGUAAUAACUUUAAUGUCCAAGUUCUUUCAUUUCUUGACCACCCUACCUACCCCCACCAAGUAAUUACUGGUUUGACAAAGUAGUCGUGAAAAUCAUUGGGUACCGCUUGCAAACUUAACCAGCGCUAAAUAUUUGCUCCCUCUAUAAACCAAUUAUCUUUUGGAGAGAACUUACCAUAGAGAAAGAAAUCUGCCUAGAAGAUAUAUGUAAGGAAGAUUAAACAUCACACAAACUGCCUUUAAAUGAGUUGACUUCCCCUACAUUAUUGCAAGUCAUGGAAUAAUUUUAAGUUACUGUUAGCAUGGAAAUUAAGUAGGCUAUUUAUCUAAAAGAAUUAAGUCCACAUUUCUGCCUAUAACAUGGGAUUCAUUUUGGUUAAAAACUAAUCAAGGUAAAAUAUUUAUUUGAAUGCCCUACUUCGGUAAAUAUUUUGGAUAAGUCUGGUAUUUUAAGAAUGCCACAUUAUUCAAUGCAUAUAUAGAUACUGGAAGUUAUUAAAGAGUACCAGCACUAAUAUUAAAACCAGCGACUUGGAAUAUAUUUUACUAUCAAUUACAAACAACUUUAUUAUCAGAGUUCAAUUAUUCCAUUUGCAAGGGACAUCCCAUAUGUUUUGGGCAAAGCUAAAGCAGAGUAUAAAGUGUUUACUUUAUUUCUUAAAAUUUGAAAUUGUGUCUGUAAUAAUAAUACUACCACCAGCAGUACAUUACUUUAAAAACCAUAUGGUUUUUCUUAAAUCUGUUUGAGGUUGUAAUGUAAUAUAAGCUUGAAACAAUUGCCAUCUUUAUCGUUAUGCCUCGUUCUAAAACCUUUCGCUGGAAUAUAGGAAACUGCUGAAUUUAAUCCUAGCUUUUAGAAUAGUACUAUGAGACUCAAAGUUAAUACGCUAAAAAUUUGUAAAUUAGAAAAUAGGAAAAAAAGUCAUAAUCUAUGAGAUGUUUGUUUAUUGGAUAGUAUUAAAAAGUUUUCAAGGCAGUUCUCUAACAUAAACAAUAGUGCACACCUUAAGAAGGAGGACAGGUAUUGUAAUUUUAAUCCUCGUUAUCUUAAAUGUAUGAUUUUGCUAUAAUGAAAUGGAUAAAGUUCAUACUUCGAGAAUAAUACUUCAUCUUUGCAGUAUUUUUUUUUCCAUUUGGGUCAAAAAUAGGAUUCAGUGUUCUAGAAUAUCAAAAUGCUUGUUCAAAAGUGGUAUUUCAAUUCUAAUAUUUUUUUAUUGUAAGUUGGUUAAAUCUUGCUGUGUUUCCAGGUAUAUUUGCUUUAUUCUUUUGAGUCUAAUUUAGUCAAACACGGCAGCAGUUUUCCCGUUUGUGUGUGGUGGCAGCACCCCUGGAACUGGACCAUGGCCACGGAAAACCUUGGAGCGAGUUUCUUAUUAACCCUGUUCUGAACCGUGUUGUUCGUGGCCCGCCCCGGUGGAGGGUCAGUUCGUUGCAGUGCGGUCCCUGCUCAGGAACCCGGGAGGCGGCCGGUGAUGGGAGCGCCUCGCGGUGCGAGUGUGGCAGCGAGAGGGGCGGGCGUCAGGGAAACCCUACUACCCAAGCACACGCAGCCCGAACUUCUCUCUUCAUUGUGUAGUUUAGCUAUAAAUACUGGGAAUGGUUCUCCUGACUCUGUCCUGACAAAAAAACUUGUUAAUACUCCUUGUUUUUACUUUGGAAUUUGUCGCCCUGUACCUAAUAAGAUUGGCUGGCUAAGUUUUCACUUACCAAGUUACGUGGUUAUUUUUUAUAUUACCACAUCAGCAUUAUAUUGAAAGUGAACAACUGCUAGUAUAGAUUCAGGUUUGCUAUUUAAUUUUUAAAAUACAGUUUAUUUUAUUUUCUGAAUCCAUUUUUCAAAAGCAUUUUGUUUUGGAUUAGAAAUGAUUUAUGUACGCUGUGCGUUGACAAUGAAAAUGGCAUUCAACUCGAUUUUGUGCCAACAUUUGGGAAGUUGAAUUAAGAAAUUCAUAUAAGACCUUUUAAAAGUAUAUUAUAGGUUCUAAAUAGACAUUUCCUGUUACAGUAAUAUGAAAACUGAUUACCCUUUACUCCAAGAGAAUGUUUUGACCCAAACAUGUAUCUUAAUGCUAAAGCAUUGAUUCUGACAUUCAUUGUAAAUCAACAAACUAUAAAAUAUUGUCUGAUGAAAAAUGUAAAUUUAAUUAGUGCCUAUAUUCAUAUUUUGAGAUGAGUUCUCAAAUUAGCAGCUAAUUAACACUUAUAUAAUUCGAGUUUUUACUCUACCCACCAAUCCCUCAAUUGCCUAGCAAAGUUUCUAAUAGUGGAAAGCAAGGGAUGCACCAACAUUAGUUUAGAAAUAUUCUACAUUCUGUUUUUAAUUUGAGUAUAAAGAAACUAAAUGUUAUCUUUUAAAUAUGUCAUAACUAAAAUGUAAUUGCUACCCUUACAAGUUCAAAUAUGGCACUUUUCUUAAUUUUGAACACAUUGCGUUCAUAUUUAAACCCAUCUCUCUUAUUGAAGCCUAUUGGAGAACUCUUAGAAUUAACAGGCCCUUUAAUAUGGGGAUAUCCUGCACAUUUUUUAUUGUUAGUGUAAUUUAAUUUCUUAAAAUCUGAAAUAUAUAUCUGUAAUCUAUUGAAAAACUGAUUAAAUACAUAACUUUUGCUUUUAGGUUCUGCAUUAGUAUACUUAAAGGUAUAAUUUUAUUCUGUUCAUUGGAAGAAAGAUAACAAAAAUAAUUUUUACAUGUGCACCACCCCUAUAGCCAUAAUGAUUUUCAUUAAGCAUAAGUUAAUAUUCAUUAUCUAUAACAGAGGGAAAAAAAUUUUUUUUUCCUAUGGAAACAGUGACUGAUGUAGGGAGCAAUGUAUACAGUAUUUUCUGAAGAAUUAUGGGGAGUCACAAAGCAAAGAAAAUUUUUAAAGAAAAUAAAAUAUUAAAAAAAUAUUUUUGGUGUGGUAUAUCUUAGGCUAAAUUAGAAAUGGAAUUGUUUCUGACUACCAUGCAUUUACUUUUUAAUAUGUAAAACCAUAUAGGUUGAAAAAAUGUACUGUUAUGCCUGUAGAUUGGUGAGUUCCAUUAACAUUUAUGUUUGAAGACCAACUUUAUGAGUCUAACUUUUCAUCUGUGGCUUUGGAUCCAAAACAUUUCACAUCCAGUUCAAUUCUAAAGGAUCCUUUAUAUUUUGUCAAGGUAAAGUCAUUUCAAGAUACUGUAUGAUAAAGAAAAGGAAAAAAAGAAGAGAAAAAAACCCAAAAGAUACAGCAUGAUAACUUGUAUCUGGUACAAUAUUUUGCUAGCUAUCGAAAGAAGUGGAUUUGAAGCUUAGCUUGGCAUUUACUUGUCUAGUUGGCCUUAAACAAUUACUGUUUGUGACCUUCCUAUUGUUUUUCACAUACUGAGGAACUUAAACAAGCUACAACUCCGACAUGUCUUUUGAUUCUAAAAUACAGCCUUCUUCAGUAUGCUAUAUUAAAAUUGAAAAACAAAACAAAAAUACAUGUAAUGUGAAAUUAAUUUCAUUUUUAUCUAUUAUUUUAUUCCCACCUAUUUCAUUUAGUAUAUGAAUACAAUCAAAUAAGAAAACAAAGCAUCACCUAGUAACUGCUACUCAGCUUAAACUGAGCUAACAGCUAAUGACAAUGCAAAAGAAAAUAAGCCAUAUUAUUGCUAAGAGCAAGAUAGUAAGCUACUUAGGAAACACCAGCUUCUAUUGGAAAUACUCUUUUCUAGAGAAUACCUCGCUUACUUUCCUGGCUUUUACUAAUUAGAACCGGUUAGUUUGUUCAGAGUUUAUUGACUUUCUGCCAUCUCAAACUGCAGUUGUGUUUGACAUUCCAGCAUUGAAAGGAUAGUGCAGCCGGCAAGUCAGUAUUUUACAAACACCUACUAAAUUUGAGAGUGGCCUGUAUUCAAGGGGAGUUUUUUCUUUCUUUUUUUUCAGCACUGUCUCAUCCUUACUCAUUUAUUAUUACUGUGAAGACAAAUCCAAAAGUCAGGUUCCCAAGAAGUAUUUUUUUUAAGAGUUCCAGGUGGCCAAAGCUAAAUAGAGAAGGCCAAUAAAAAAAGAUAAUUUCAACUACUUUAUAUUUAAGAUAGAAAAAUUGUGGUCAGCAGACCUAAAAUGAGCUUUAAAUGUAUAUAGUUUGGGAAAUGUUAAUUUAGAGAGGUAUAGAGGCAUACCUAGUAACAAGUCAAAACACUUGAUAAUAAAGAUAGACAUGGGUAGAGAAUCUUAAAAAGGAUAUUAAGUAAUAGGAAAUUUGAAUUAAAACAGAAUUUUCCCCAUUUAGGUACUUAAAGUUAGACUAGAAAGUACAGUCUUUUACCGUAGAACUGGUUGGGCCUAUAUUAUUUUUAUCAUGGCCAAAGGAUUAAAGACUGAUCAGGUUUUUAGACUUUGGGAAUGUAGUCACAUAGAUCUUUUGAUUGUUAAAACUCAGUAAUCUACAUCUCUCAGAAGUGAAGAAAUAAUAAAAUGUGCCAUGCAUAUCUUUUGAAAUAGAAAACAAAGCUCUAGAAAAAUGGAAAUAUUCUCUUGCACAACUUAUAAAAUUUUAAUUUAAAAAUUACCUCAUUUUUCAACCCAUAAUAAGGUGCUUUGCUCAAGUUUGUGGGAUGUAACACCAUCCCAUAAGUACCCCUUCAUCCAAACUCUAUUUGAAAUAUGCAAAAUCCACAACUAAGGGAUAGUAUUAGUUGGAGGUUUUGUUAUGUUUUGUUCUUGUUUACCACCAGCAGGGCUAGCCUGGCGUGGCAGAUACAAACAUUGUCUUCAUUAAAGUAAGUGGACAAGUGCCCAGUCAAUAUUUAAUUAGUUUAAUUAAUAUCAAGGGAAAGGAAAACCUUAAAAUCUGAUUAUACUGUGAAUAUAUUUCCAUUAGUGUUGGUAAGAUACCAAAUGACUAUCAGUUGACCUUGGUUACCUGUAAUUGAUUUACCUAUUUUGGCCCUAUUCAUGAGAGACUUUAAUCGUUUUAAUCUUACAUUUUCCCUCAGAACACUCAGGGACUCUGUCUGUAGCCCCUCUUUUGUUCUCUUGGAGUAAACUGUUCAGUGUAGUUAUGAAAACUUUUGAUUUUUUAAAAAAGUUUAGCUGCUAUUUCAUUAAGAGUGUGAGAUAAGAUUAUGGUUACAUUUUUUUCCAAUUAUGUAAUAGUUAUAAAUUUUACCCUUUUCAUCUAUUACACAGAACAUGGUUUAAAAAGAAAAAAGUUAAAAGCAACAGCCCUGCUCUUGCAUUUAUUCUAAUCAGAAUAUAAUGACUAUAAUCACAUGUUGCCAUCUAACAUAAAUUGGUGCUUUAGAGCAUUAAAGAGGAAACAGCAGGCCCUGUAUAAUAUCCUUCUUGCUUCAGAAUGUAAAACUACUUUAAAGUGUCUGUAUUUGCAUUUAUGUUCAUUUCUUAUGGUUUAAUACAACCUGGUGUUAUUCUUCAAGCUUCAGGCUUUCUGCAAAAGCUGAAACAAUAUCUUAGCUAAUAACCUUGGUCAAAUAGAAGAUGGUGUUAAUAAGGCCAAAAUUAUGAAUUGGAUCUCUGUGGGUACCCUGGUUGUACAGAAGAAAAAAAAAAAUGUCUUUCAUGCCACAGACUAUGCUUUUUAACGUCAAGCAACUGAAAUGUGUGCUAUUGGUCUAUUAUAUAAGUAUUAAUUGUUUUUAAAAAAAGCAAACAAAUUACUUGCUGUAUUUACAUCAUCUCUUGAAAAUGGCUCAAAGCAUGUUCUUCUAAUGUAGGUUGUUUAAAAGAUGUUUUAAAUGUUUAAUAGCUUCAUUACUGUCAUAAAGUGCUUCUUUUAUAUGUUAAGUUUAGGUUGCUGCUAGUCAUGAUUCUUUAUUUCUGCAAUUACAUUAUAAUGAGUUGCCUGCAUGUCUACAUACCCAAGUAAAAGGAUGCUGUUUGCUCUGGAAUGUUCAUCUUUUAGACAAGGUUUGCCUCAUUUGCAAUCAUGGUGCAAUACAGUGUAACAUUCGUUUUCAGUCAACAGUUUUAUUUUUGUCAUAAUAAAUAAUUACUUUUCCAAUA